AUUCCGUGUUUUGGAGCCAUUGAUAUUUACAAAAUAAUAAUUUGAAAACAAACCGUUCAACAUGGUGCGCCGGCGUGUAGACGAGCCCAACAUGAGCGACAACCUGCUACUGGUGAAGGUGGAAGACUUAAUCAACAUGGCCAUGGGGCCGGCUGAUAAAAACGUAGUCAAUUUUAAACUAGUGCAAAUGGUGCUGCAUAUCCUAGCGAGGAAUUUACGUAUGCUCGAAACUCAAGUGGAGAUUAGAAUAAGCGAAGCGGACGAGCUAAGAGAGCACAAGAGGGAAGAAGAGUCGACAGAGAGCUCUAAGAGUCCCGGCUCGUCGGCGCGCGGGAGGGUUCACAUGGAGGGGAUUGAGGAACACGAGGAACAUGGGGGGAAGAAGGAUAAACAUAGACACAAGGCAGGAAGAGAAUCUUCCAAAGAUAAGGAAGAGAGAGCGGCUUCCAAGGAAAGGGAAAAGUCUGCAAAAGAACAUGAAAAAGCUGACAAAGCCGCCGCUAAGGAACGUGAGAAGGCAGAAAAAAAGGAACAGAAAGAAAAAGAAAAGGCCGAAAAAGCUGCAGCGAAGGCGGAACGGGACGCCGCAAAAGGGACGAAAGAAAAGGGAAGAGGCCGUAAAGGAUCUGGAACAAGUAUUGCUAUAUCAGAACAAGAACGACACAAGGAAAAAGUAUUAGUCGUUGAAAAAGGCCCCACAACAAGAACGGAUUCACACACUCGAGUGGGCAGUAUCGAGGUGGUGACCGUCUCUCAGUUCGAGCUGCUGGAGUCGGCCGUGAAUCAUCUGAAGACGUUGACCGGUCCGCUGCCGUCGCCCGAGUUCCCCGACAACAAGAAGCUGAUGGAAGACAUCGCCAACGGCACGGCUUCCCUCACUGAUAUCAUGCAAGCAAUGCAGGUGACAGCGCGAAUUAAGGCAGCUGAACAGGCGAUCGGGCGCAUGGCUGAUCUGCUCACGCAACUAGCAGCCGCGGGGGCCAUACCUGAGGAGCUGGUGGAAAUGGUGGAGGAAGUGAGGGCCGAGGUCGAUGAGGUCGCAGCGGCGGCAGGGAUGGAAGGCGAAGAGGGCGAGGAAAUGUCGAUGAGAUCCCGACCGUCUGCUGGUCGAAAAUCGGUCGCGAUAGAGGCGAUGUCGUCUCGUUCGACGGCCAGACGUGACAUAGACGCAGGCUCUGUGAAGCACGCUGGCUCCGAAACAUCCUCGGCUUCCAAGAUGGUUCCCAUGCCGCCAGUGUCACACAGGGAAAUGGACGACGCCCUUCAUGCUCUGAAAGAAGAUCUGAGCAAGGCAAUAACUUUAAUGACCGGGAAAGCCACUACUGCUGCAGAAAACGCUUCCACUACCGCCAGAGGAGUUGCUGAGAAGUUAGAUGUGGCAGUGAAGUUAAACUCGCGGAUCUCCACACUGUACUCCCUUGUCAAUGAUUAUGCUGAUCAGUUAAAUGGAUUCGACACUGGACUAACCACUCAGAUGACAGGCUUUAAAGACCAGAUGAGUCAGAUGAGGAGCGAACUGAAGGCUGGUAUGGCGCAGCUCAGUCAGGCCGGAGGGAAUUCUGAGACUGCUGCUGUGAUGGAGCUGACGGAGAGGUACGACCUGCUGGUGGUGGAGCUGGACGCUGUCCUACACGAACACCAGGCGCUCUCGUCGUUCCAGAAACAGCUCGGCGACGAAUUGCACAGUCUGGUGGAGUGCGUGGAAAUGUUGCGCGAGCAGAAAGCCGAUCGUGAUGAAGUACAGGACGGGCUGAGAGAUAAGGCGGACAUCUCCCGGCUGGCGGGUCUGCUGACGGAGAAGGUGUUCGCGUCGUCCCGCGGCGAGCUGGAGCGCCGCCUCGAGCUCUGCCACGACAAGUUCAGGAAGCAGGAGCUCGUCUGGAUGGGUGCCAUUAAGGACCUGAUGCAAAUCACGGAGAGCAAGGCGGAGCUGAUGCAGCUGAUGGCGGCGCGGGACGACGCCCAGCUGCAGCUCCGGGACUUGCACCACAAGCUGCACCGCCUCGCCGACAUACUCGGGGAGCCCACCGCGGCAAUGCUCACCCGCAAACUAGCCCGUGACGCGACUUGCGGCGCGUGCAUGGUGCCGGCGCUGAUGUCCCCGUGGGACGCGAACUACGGCUCUCCUCCCCCCCUCCCGGCCUUGAGGCCGCGGCCCACGGGAGCCGAGCAGGAACCAGAGGAGCCAUGUCUCCGGGACUUCGAACCACCUCCGCCGCCUGACGCUAAGGCUCACACUUGUCUGCGCUGGGUGGGUGGAUCCCACACGCUGGUCUCGGAGAUGGUGACCAAGGAGAAGGCGCCGCCGAUGGACCUCCAGGGACAUCCCACCAAGCGAUACACUGGAUACGGUUCAGACGGACGACUGUAUAUGUUAGAAGAAGAGCUACAGCCUUGCGUGGAAUGUAAUAUCAUAUUUGAAGCUCCGAAACCUGAAGGUGUCGGUGACGUGACUAAAGAUGGCGCUGGCGAUCGAGGAGCUACCCUAAUUGCGCCAGAUAAAAAAUAAUUUGUGUGUACAAUAAUGUUUCCUUUUAUGAAGGAUAGAGGUACGAGAACCUACAUUAGAAAUUGCAAUCAAUUGCCUCUAAAUUUCUAAAAUAUUGUUUGUUUUCGACAAUGAUUUAUAUAGUGUUACAAAAUCUUAAAUAAAACCAUUUUGUUAUA